GGGUACAGUCAAAAAAACUUUUGAUAAACAAAUUUUAUUUAUUGAUAUAUAUACGAUGAUAUUAAAUGAUAGCGCAUGCGUUUGCACAGCUCCCGCGCGAUUCCUCCAGAUUCGAGAAUCAAACUUAUUUCUUCUCUUCAUUCCAUCUAUCAGUUUGCCGUAGACAUUCAUACAUCACCUGUCGUGAUUGAAUUUAUGUGAAAAGAAAGUUUUAUUUAUUAUUAAUCAUAUGAAUUUUUCGAUUACUGAAAUAUAAAAAAAUUUAUAAAGAAAUUUGGGGUAAAAAUGUUAGAAUUAAAUGAUGGAAAAAAAAUAAAAAAGUGUCGGAAAUUGUUUAAAAAAUUUGAAAUAAUAUAUUUUGUGUGUUUAAUAAUGAAUCAAUAAAUUGCGAUUGUGUUUAAUUUUCUUAGCCACUCGAUUCAAUUAUUUUGACGAAUAAUGGAGGUGCCUCUAGGCGAAGUAAUCUCCGAGUUGGAAGGAAAUAUCACCAGGAGUCUAGAAAUAGAGAAGAUGUCAGAAGUCCUUGAAAACUUUUAUAAGAGCUUAACCAAUGAUACGGAUUAUUUCUUGAUUUCACUGUACAUUCCUACCAUUGUGUUGGCUGUUACUGCAAAUUUAAUAGUUAUCAUUGUUGUCAUUAAAUUUCAAUAUAUGCGCAGCGUAACAAAUUAUUUCGUCGUAAAUUUGUCUAUAGCUGAUCUCCUGGUGACACUUAUCUGCAUGCCAAUGUCUGUAAGCCAAGCUAUUUCGAUAAUAUGGAAUUACGGUGAAAUAAUGUGCAAGCUUUUCUUUUAUCUUCAGGGUGUUGCCGUGGCUGCUUCUGUGUUCACGAUAACGGCCAUGAGUAUUGAUAGAUAUCUGGCAAUUCGAAGCCCGAUAGCCCUUCACAGAGUGUUUAAUCGUAAAAGCACUAUAAUGAUUAUCGUAGCACUUUGGUUUAUAGCGUUUAGUAUAUUUGCUCCACUGUUCAAAGCGGUAUCACUUGAAAAUCUAGAUUCACAAUUGAACAUUACUCUUGUGGUGAAGUCGGGAGAAAAUAAAAGUUUCAAAAUCGUCCGACCGCCGGUUCUUCAAGUUUGCUCGGAGGAUUUUAAACCCCUCGGGAUACACGCAUACGUCUUUGGAACCGUUUGCUUUGUACUAGUUUACGCAAUUCCCGGAUUCAUCGUGAUCUUGACUUAUUCACUGAUGGGCAGAACUUUGUGUGCUAGAAAACCGCCGUUUGAUUAUGACAGCAAUGUGGGAAGUGCAAGCUCACAACAGGGUUUUAGAUUAAUGCGUGAACGGAAACGGGUGGCGUGGAUUUUACUGACACUAGCCAUCCUCUUCGCACUGUGCUGGUUACCCUACAACGUCCUGCGGUUACUCGUCGACCUCGGCGUCGUGUAUGAAGGCAGAGUGAUUCCGAUUGUACUUCCUUAUUGCCUGUAUCUCGGCCACGCAAAUAGUGCACUCAACCCCGUUGUCUAUUGUUUCAUGACACGCAAUUUCCGUCAAAGUGUGAAGCAGAUUCUUUGUCGGCGAUCUGAAAAAUCAAAUAGAUCCAAAUGUAACCGUAAGAGUGCCGGAAAUGUAGGAGUAAUUCUCGGGUCAAGUAUAAAGCAACGAGGUAUUCGGGUCCCAAGGAAACCCCGGGAAGUUGCAAUUGCUGCGGUGGCUCAACCUGCGAUUGACAGAACCGCCCCCGAGCGUACUGCAUCCUCGAGCAGUGGCUAUGGCAGCGCAAACAGCCGCCACAGUCCGCAUCGACGUUGUUUCAUGUUAAAAAGCACGCCGGUGGCUAGAUCUGUUGGUAGAGCUUCCGCAGCAGGUUGUAAUCCUGGCAAAUUGUUCGCAAAACAAGAAUUACAUGUUGCGACAAGUUUGAAUAACGUCGACGGUAAUGCGACUAAUGAUGAUAGAAAUCUUCAGGGUCCUCGACGCAGUAGGAGCUUACAAACUUUGUCUACUGUUACAAUUCAGCAUCAGCUUACUAUUGAAAGUGCUAAUCAGGCAACUCAAUUUACAAACGACGUCUAGAUUUACAAAUCUGGAAAAUUUAUUUAUUUAUUUUUUUAUAAUUUAUUAUUUUUAAAAUUAAAACGUGUAUAUAAUUAAUGACAGUUGUAAAAAUUUUUCAAUCUCUUAUUUUAAAAAUAAAUAUGUAUAUGUAAAUUAAUAAGUAAAAAGUACACAAUAUGUAAUACGUAAUGUAAAAAAUAAAAACAACAUUUGA